ACCAAAGAAGAAGAAGCUGCGCAGCGGCAGCAGGGCGGUUGCUUUUCUUCACUUUCUGCUCAUCUUCAUGUUUUUUACUCCUUUUAUCGGACUCAUUUCAUCACAACAUCUGCGCACGCGGUUGGAGCGCGACAGGCUGUCUACGUGUGUGAGCGAAGACACCUGAGAGACUGCAGGGAUUCACCGUGUGAUCUCAUUAACACCGAUUGAGGAGGAGGAGCGCUGGUAAAGCUGUCAGCUGAUCCAUCAGCCUGUCUGGAAGGAGGUCCGGUGGACGGACAGGUGGCUGCAGGUGCAGAUGGGGAACAGCGCGCUGAAGUCACACCUGGAGACCUCCCAGAAAACGGGAGUGUUUCAGCUGACAGGCAAAGGUCUGCAAGAGUUUCCAGAGGAGCUGCAGAGGCUCACGGCUAACCUGAGGACGGUGGAUCUGUCCGGUAACAGGAUUGAGGUCCUUCCUUCCGCCAUUGGAAACUUCCUGCAGCUCAAGAGUCUUACACUCAACUCCAACCGGCUCACCGGCAUUCCUGCUGAGAUCAGCAAACUGAAGAAGCUGGAGACCCUGAGUCUGAACGGGAACCGGAUCCAGCAGCUGACCCCCACUCUGGGCCAGCUCAAAGCCCUGCGGACCCUCAACCUGUCCGGGAACCAGAUCUCAGAGUUCCCCUCCAUACUGGGAACCCUCAGGCAGCUGGACCUGCUGGACUUGUCCCGAAACAAGAUCCAGAAUGUCCCCGCAGAGGUGUCUGAGCUGCAGGCCAUUGAGAUCAACCUCAACCAGAACCAGAUCUCAGUGCUGUCGGCAGAAGUCUCCCGUUGUCCCCGUCUGAAAGUCCUCCGCCUGGAGGAGAACUGCCUGGAGUUGUCAUCCAUCCCUCAGUCCAUCCUCUCAGAAUCGCAGGUGUCUCUUUUCUCCGUGGAGGGAAACCUGUUCGAGGUGAAGAGGCUCCGAGAUCUGGAUGGAUACGAUAAGUAUAUGGAACGUUUCACGGCCACGAAGAAGAAGUUCGCAUGAGGACCCUUGAUAGUGACCGGCGAGGAUCACCUGGAGGUGAAGCUUCGCCCUUCGUACCCCUGCACCUCCUACAGCUGCUUCUUCUGCUAGAAAACAGACUUCAGCAGCCGGGACUCCUCACAGCCUCCCCCCCCCCCCGAGACGCAAUCAUGCAGAGUGACAGUCACCAUGGAGACAGGACUGACUUCACACAAUCGAAGAAGAGGGCUGGUGCCAUGUAUGUUUGACUGUAUGAAACUUUAUUGUUCACUCAGUGACAGACAGAAAAGACCUGCAGCAAACAACGGAAACGUUUCACCAAAGUUUAGCUAACUUAUAGAAACUCAUUCUAAUUUACUUUGUAAAAUAAUGUUAGCAGCGUGUUUAUUGAUUAUGAUUAUUAUUAUUAUUAUUAACAGUUAUUAAACUUUUAAAGAUGUCUAAAA